AUUUACAAUUGACUAUAAAAAAAGCCCCGAUUGGUUCCUUACCUUUGACACAACACAAAACUGGAAGUCUGAAAGUUUUCACUCUAAAUUAAUCACCACCCUACAACCGCCGUCUCCGUCGCGAUCGUCACCAACAUUGAUCUCACAAAAUGAGCUCUCCGACCACCUCCACUCAAAAUCAAAACCCUAACUCCCCACAACAAGACCCAAACUCCACACAACAAGAAGAAAAUCAAAAUCCACCGCAAUCAGAUAAUCCCCAAUCUCCAAAAACCCUAACCCUAGAAAUUCCCGACGACGAAGUAGAAGAAGAUGAAGAAAACCCUAAUCAAGACUCCGACUUAGAAGAUACUACCCCUCACUUUUCUCCAUCAGUUUCCGACAGCCACGUCUCCACCAUCACCACCUCCACCACUACUACCACCACCGUCUCAGUCUCUCGCCGCGGCGGCCACGGAAAACGCAAGAAGAAACGUUCCGUUGAGCUCCAGAAGAAGAAAUCCUUACAAAAGCUUGAGCUCUUAGGUAAAAAUUUGAAAAUUGUUCCUUUUAGACCUGUCAAAACCCUAGAUUUUUCCUCUCAUGAGUUUUUACUUAAAGGGCUUGGUUUAUGGGAGUUUGUUCACUUGCAAUUCGAUGUUGAUAAUCUUCGUGCUGAUUUCAUUGCUCAAUUAAUUGCUAAUUUUAACCCGAAUGGCCGGUCUAGUUAUGUGAAUGGAGCUAGAAUAAAGGUCAAUCGUGCUGAUUUGGCGCGCGCUUUGAGGCUUCCGGUGAAGAAGGAUAAAGUGGAAACUGUGUUGGAUGAUAAUGAGAGUAAAGAAUCUAUAGAAUUCGUUGAGGAACUUGUGUCGACUUGGUUCUUGUUAUAUGACGACGAUACAUGGAUGAUGUCGGAUGAAAUAUGGAACUUUAAUAAAUUGAUUAAAGAUGGGAACUUUGAUAAGGUUGAUUGGUCUAAGUUGAUUUGGUUGAUGGUUGAGAAGGAGUUGACUGCAGCCCCUAGUUUAGGGAAUUGUUAUUAUGCCUCCCAUUUGCAGCUUUUGAUUAAAUCACAGAAGGAUGAGUUGUUUAAGGAAGAAGUUGUUGAAAUGGAGGUAGAUGUUAAGAAGGCGGAUGAGGAGGCGGAAGAUGUGAAGAUAAAUGAGGAAAUCCACGAAGUGUCAGAGUUGGAGGAGCAUAACAUUGAAUUGAGUCUUGGUGGUUUGGAUAAUGUGGUGAAAGAUGACGAUGAUGAGAAAGAGAAGGAGGAGGAGGAAGAUGGAAAGGAGGGUGUUGGUGAUGGUGAUGGGGAUGCUAUGGAUUUCGAGGAAAGUAAGGAUGAUGAAGAACAAGGGCAAUGGCGAAUGAACAGCAUGGAUGGGGGUUUUCUGCAGCGUUGUGGUGAAGUUGGGGUUCUGGAAUGCGAGGUGCAAAGAAAACAGGAAGAUAAUGACGGAGAGGAAGAAGGAAAUGAAGGGGAAGGGGAGGAUGUAGAGGAAGAAGAGGAUGAGGAAAUGGGCUUCAAUAUUUCACCUAAAGGGGAUGGUUUGAGGGGCUUAAGUUCUGAGAAUCUUAUUGCAGCCAUGGAGGCAUCACAAAUUCCUUUUAGUUCAGGGGUAGAAAUUCAUGAUAAUGUGCCAUCCGGAGACUUUCUUACAUCUAUGGUUGAUACACAGCCAAUAUCUGGCAGUUCAUCACUUUUUAAUAAUGGUAAUGUAAACAAGAGAGCAAUUGAGCAUCUUGAGGAUGAUAUGCCCCAGCAUUCACUUAAUGGUACCAAUAAGAAAAUGAGGAGUGAUGUACCUUGGGGUAUGAUGAAAUCACCAUCUGUUUCUGAAGUUGAUGUGUAUUUCGACCAAAUGGAAUAUAUAGCGGGCAAAACAAGGGCGUUAUGUAAGGAAAAGGAGCAAACUAUUCAGGAAAUGAGUGUGCAGCAGCAAAUGCUGAUGAAUGAAUUGCAGGAGCGAGAUAACUAUAUUGACCAUUUGGUCAAGGCAAAGAUGGAGGAGCAACAGAAGAGACAGGUGGAGACAUACAGGUAUGAACAUGAAUUACAAAUGAUGGGAAAUCUUUUAGAAGGUUACAGAAAGGCUCUGAAAGAGACUCACAAGUCAUUUGCAGCAUACCGAGCAAAAUGCUCACUACCUGAAGUACCAAUUUACAAGGAUACUGGGGUUGGGGGUCUUGUUUUGAGCACCAUGGAACUGGAGAAGCUGCGUCUGAAACAAGAGGAAGAAAAAAGACUCAGCCGGUUAUUUAUUGAGAAGAUGAUCAAGGAAUUUGAAGCAGAGUGGACUAUUAAAUUUGAAGCAUGUAAUGAUAGAGUUGAGGUAUUGUGUAACAGUGUGCUCGAGGCUGAAAAGAAAGUCAGCCUCUUGAAGGAAGAUUGGAAAUAUAAAGUUUUAAAGAAGUUGGAAGCUGCUACAGCUGAAGAAUGUAUUACGCAUGAGUCUGUUUAGAGUUUUGUGAGAUUGUAGGUUAAUGGCAGCUCUUAUAUGCAAGUUGAAACAGCCCCCACUUUGUAUUACCGGGAACUAUAAGCCUUGGUAUAUUAUUGUUGCCACAUUAUUCUGUCACUUCUAAUAUAUGUUUCCUCAGUAGUUUGCAUUAAUACAAUAUUGUUUUUGUGUUUUUAUAAUUUAUGAUGUGAAUUGAAGUUCCCAGUUUCCAUCUUUUGUACUGUUCAUAUUUGACUCCAGAAGUCAGAUGAUUGUGAAAAUGUUAUAAAUAAUAUAUAUGAAUUUUG